AUGGCUCAAUUCACGACGACGUCUGUUACUUUUCCACUAGCAAAAUAUUCGCGUUCAUAUCCUACUACGAGCUCAUCAUCGAGCUCUCAGAACCCCGCUACAGAUGCAGAAUGGCAACAUUUCGUCCACCCCGUUAUCAACCUCUACUUGGACGCGAAGAAAUCUUCCACAGGAAAUCUUGUCUCUGUCCGCUUUCGAGUUGUGUGGAAUUUUGACAGCAACACCAAUAGCGCGGACGUCGAUCAGAGAGAGAUUAUUCUCGAGGAUCUUGAUUUGCUCUCCUUCUCAUCGAUCUCAAACUCCAAGACAAAUUCUGGGCAACCUGACCAUGGCCUUCCUCUCAGAGCUGUCUAUCGAGAUGCUGUUGUUGGAAUUCGCUAUCUGCACCCGAGAACAGCAGACUCGACCCAUCAGCCAGUAUAUCGGCGCAUUCAGAUCACAUUUACCACUGCAACGAACGCAGCUCAGUUCAUCGAUGCUGUCAGACCUGUUUGCCCUUGUAGAUUGAAUCCACAGCCGCAGCCUCUGGUCACUCGCAUCCCUAGUGUGGCUACGACAGGCCUUAUUGACGACAUUUCCCGUCGAGGUACUAUACUCCCAGCUGCUUCACAAGCUCGGCCGUCAAUGGGCACAACUCCCCUCAGAUCAGCGUCCACUAUACUUCUUUCAGACAAUCCAUCAUCUGAAUCCAAUUUACCCACAUUCGCACCAUCGACGCCCGUUAGUACCUUCUUUACACCUCCAGAAACACCUCGGACAACCGUCCCAAAGUCCAGCCAAUGUCAAGCACCGUCUGGUUCUAUCAACUCAACCAAAGGCUCUUUACCCGACUCUUCCCAGCCGUCCUCGUCUACCCGUAGUAGUUUGAAUACGAUGCCCCCACCUCCACUGCCUUCGAGCGUCACACGAUCUCUUCAAUCGGAAAGUCGAUCAUUAGAAAAUCGUAAUCCGACUCGGACCCAGCUUGUUGCAUCACUGCAUGACAAUCCAGCCCUUCACAAGCUCUCUCAUGCAGAGCUAGAAUCCAUCGUAGCACAAGUCAUCAGAGAAGAGGGUUUUGUCCAACUGCUUGCUUCCUUGGACGCCAUGUGGAGAGUGAAGGGUUUUCUUGGUCAAUGA